AUGUCUCGAGUUCUUAUAGUUGGUGCAGGUUUGACAGGCAGUUUAUGCGCUUGUCUUCUGCGAAGAGAAAUGCCAAACAAAGUUGUUGUUGUCUGGGAUAAAUCGCGAGGAGCAGGUAAGUUUGUGUCAGUUGCCGACAAAGUUCUUACAUUGUAUCUAAAUAAAUCAAAAUGUAUACGAAGCAGAAGCGUAGCCUACUUGCUACACAAGGCAAUAAUGAGUGUCACAUAAUGUUGCAAUGCACAGAAUGUACAGUGCAUUGGCCAAAUGCAGUUGUCAUACAAAAUUAUAUAAUUACAAUGUCGGCUGCGUGCUUAUUAUUCCAUAGAGAACAGUAAAAAUGAGAGGGUCAAAUUCAGUGGCGUAGCGCAGUUAAGCGCCCCCCGUCCCCCACAUUGAGGUAUAGGGCCCUGUAAUGCCCGAGGAAAUUACAUAUCAACAGACAGACUGGAAAACGUAACAAAUGAUAAUAGUUUACUGACGAGAUUGAAUGAGUUAUUAUGUAUACAUUUUUUGCCAUGGGGCAGAGAGAAAAAUGUCCAGUUUUAAUAGCUAAUCGCGCAUACUAUACUGAACAAAAAUAUAAAUGCAACAAUUUCAAAUAUUUUACUGAGUUACAGUUCAUAUAAGGAAAUCAGUCAACUGAAAUAAAUAAAUUAGGCCCUAAUCUAUGGAUUUCACAUGACUGGGAAUACAGAUGUGCAUAUGUUGGUCACAGAUACCAUAAAAAAGGUAGGGGCGUGAAUUAAAACCACCAUUUGCCUCAUGCAGUACAACACAUCUCCUUCGCAUAGAGUUGAUCAGGCUGUUGAUUGUGGCCUGUUGUCAAGGUCCUCUUCAAUGGCUGUGCGAAGUUGCUGGAUAUUGGCGGUAACUGGAACACGCUGUUGUACACGUCGAUCAAGAGCAUCCCAAACAUGCUCAGUGGGUAACUACAUGUAAAUGUAACAUGUCUGGUGAGUAUGCAGGCCAUGGAAAAACUGGGACAUUUUCAGCUUCCAGGAAUUGUGUACAGAUCCUUGCGACAUGGGGCUGUGCAUUAUCAUGCUGAAACAUUAGGUGAUGUCGGCAGAUGGAUGGCACACAAUGGGCCUCAGGAUCUCGUCAUGAUAUCUCUGCAUUCAAAUUGCCAUUGAUAAAAUGUAAUUGUUUUCGUUGUCCGUAGCUUAUGCCUGCCCAUACCAUAACCCCACCGCGACCAUGGGGCACUCUGUUCACAAUGUUGACAUCAGCAAACCGCUCCCCCACACGAAGCCAUACAUGUGGUUGUAAGGCCGGUUGGACAUACUGCCCAUUUCUCUAAAACUAUGUUUGGCUUAUGGUAGGGAAAUAAACAUUCAAUUAUCUGGCAACAGCUCUGGUGGACAUUUCUGCAGGCAGCAUGCCAAUUGCACACUCCCUAAACUUAAGACAUCUGUAGCAUUGUAUUGUGUGACAAAUCUGCACAUUUUAGAGUGGCCUUUUAUUAUCCCCAGCACAAGGUGCACCUUUGUAAUGAUCAUGCUGUUUAAUCCGCUUCUUGAUAUGCCACACCUGUCAGGUGGAUGGAUAAAGUAAUCCUUCUACCCCCCCCCCCCCCCCCCCCAAAUUGUAAAGUGGUUAUCCCACUGGCUAUAGGGUGAACGCACCAAUUUGUGAGUCGCUCUGGCUAGAGCGCUGCUAAAUGACGUUAUGUGCCUUGAGCAAGGCACUUAACCCUAAUUGCUCCUGUAAGUCGCUCUGGAUAAGAGCGUCUGCUAAAUGACUAAAAUAUAAAUGUAAAAUUAUCUUGGCGAAGGAGAAAUGCUCACUAACAGGGAUGUAAGCACAUUUGUGCACAACAUUUGAGAGAAAUAAGCUUUUUGUGCGUAUGAAACAUUUCUGGGCUCUUUUAUAUCAGCUCAUGAAACAUGGGACCAACACUUUACAUGUUGCGUUUAUGUUUUUGUUCAGUGUAUUUAACACAUUUUUCCAUGAGGCUGAGAGACAAUGUUGCUAUUUUAGAGCUCAGGGAUUCUUGAAAGACGGGACAAUCAACUUUUAUCAUACAAAUAUUUGUCUUCAUAUUAACAAAAUGUUAAAUAUAUAUUUUGUUAGACUUAAGUAUCAGCUGUCACACCAUGUAAAGGAACAACCUCCUAAUUUAGAUUGAUGUAAACUCCGUCAGACACCAUAAAAGGCAUUUCAUUUUUUACUAUUAUUGUCCAAGUGUUUAAAGGCCUUGAUUGUUUAAUUCUAAUAUUAGAUUAUUCAAAUAUGUAAUACAAAUUUCCAAACUUAUUUUUUGUUUUGUAACACUAUUAAAUGCUCCAGGGCUAAUUUCCUUAGCAUUUUGGCAUGUUUUUCUAGAUUUAGAACAUAAAACAGCAUUUAUAAAGCAAACAUUAGCCCUUAGGGCUAGCACAACACAAUACUUCAAUUGUUUAAGCAUAUGUUGUAGUGGUGUAAAGUACUUAAGUAAAAAUAAUGUAAAGUAUUUUACUUAAGUCGUUUUUUUGGGGUAUCUGUACUUUACCUGACUAUUUAACUCUUACUUCACUACAUUCCUAAAGAAAAUAAUGUACUUUUUACUCCAUACAUUUUUCCUUACACCCAAAAGUACUCAUUUUUAAAUGCUUAGCAGCAGGAAAAUGGUCCAAUUCACACACUUAUCAAGAGAAUAUCCCUGGUCAUCCCUACUGCCUCUGAUCUGGCGGACUCACUAAACACAAAUGCUUUGUUUGUAAAUUAUGUCUAAGUGUUGGAGUGUGCCCCUGGCUAUCCGUAAAUUAACAAAAACAAGUAAAUUGUGCCUUCUGGUUUGCUUAAUAUGAGCAAUUUUAUAUGAUUUAUAGUUUUACUUUUGAUACUUAAGUAUAUUUAAAACCAAUACUUUUACUCAAGUAAUAUUUUACUGGGUGACUUUCACUUUUACUUGAUUCAUUUUCUAUUAAAGUAUCUUUACUUUUACUCAAGAAUGACAAUUGGGUACUUUUUCCACCACUGAUAUGUUGCAGAACAGUAUUAAAAAUAUUUAUUCAGAAUAUUGACAAAAAAACGAGUUUAAGGGUUAGCCAUCAGUGACGGAGUUGACAAGCCACUGACGGAGUUGACAAUAUAUUUUUGCCUCUAAAAAUAACAUUUCAAUACCAACAUUUGUAAAGUAUGGAAAAUCAUUCAUUUGAAAAUCCUGAAUAAAAACAACCGUUCUAUCAGAUCUUUCAGCACUCUGACGGCGUUGACGUUAGACAACUGGUCAAAUUGUGACACGUGGGAUUUUUUCAAAAUGUCCAUCUCUCCUGCUCCUAUCAGUGGCAUCUCAGUACUUCAAAUCAAAAUCAAAUCAAAUGUUAUUUGUCACGUGCCGAAUACAACUGGUGUAGACUUUACCGUAAAAUACUUAUGAGCCCCCCCCAACAAUACAGAGUUCAAAAAAUAUAUAAAAUAGUAACACAAGGAAUAAAAUAAAAUACACAAGAAUGGAGCUAUAUACAGGGAGUACCAGUACCAGAUCAAUGUGCAAAGGUAUGAGGUAUUUGAGGUAGAUAUGUACGUGAAGGCAGGGUAAAGUGACUAGGCGUCAGGAUAGAUAAUAAUAAGAGUAAAAUAAAUAACAGAGUAGCAGCAGCAAAUGAUGAGUGUAAAAGUGUGUGUGUUUGUGUGUGUAUGGAUGUGUGUUUGUGUUGUUGGUAUGCAUGCGUGUGUGUGGUGUGUAUGUAGUAAAUGUGUGUGGGUUUUGUGUGGGAUUGUCAAUGUAGUGUUUGUGAGUGUGUGUAUAUGGUUUGUAUAUAUGGUCUAGUGAGUGUGCAUAGGGUCAGUGCAGAUAGUUUGGGUACCAUUAAUUGACUAUUUAGCAAUCUGGCUAUCUAUUUAGCAGUCUGAUGGCUUGGGGGUAGAAGCUGUCUCGGAGCCUGUUGGUUUUUAGAAAGAUAUGUCACAAAAUAAUAUUUGACCCUAAUGUAUAGGCUAUAUAACCCUAACCGGCAGGUAGCGCAGCGAUUAGAGGCUAGCCAGCAACCGGAGGGUGGACGUUGUGCACAAUUGACCAAUAAAGUGAUUGAUCUAUGUGUUUGCUGCUGUUGAUCUGUAAUUUGGGUAAAUAUCAUUUCAAUGUUUAUACAUGUUUAUGUUUUCUUCGUGCCUUUUCUCAUCUUUGUGUUGCAGGAGGUAGGAUGUCCACCAGCAGAAGUCCGUCUGAUGCCUCCUGUAUAGUUGAUCUUGGUGCACAGUACAUUACUGCCACGCCCUACUACGCCCAAAUGCAUCACAAGUACAGUAUUACACAAUCAAUGCAUAUCAUGUCCCAAACCUCUCAAAUCUGUUGUUCUAGGGUCUACCUAUUACCUACAGCACCAUAACCAUUAUGGCAAUAUGUUACUAGCAUAUAUAUAUAUAUAUAUAUAUACACACAGUGGGGAGAACAAGUAUUUGAUACACUGCCGAUUUUGCAGGUUUUCCUACUUACAAAGCAUGUAGAGGUCUGUAAUUUUCAUCAUAGGUACACUUCAACUGUGAGAGACGGAAUCUAAAACAAACAUCCAGAAAAUCACAUUGUAUGAUUUUAAAGUAAUUAAUUUGCAUUUUAUUGCAUGACAUAAGUAUUUGAUCACCUACCAACCAGUAAGAAUUCCGGCUCUCACAGACCUGUUAGUUUUUCUUUAAGAAGCCCUCCUGUUCUCCACUCAUUACCUGUAUUAACUGCACCUGUUUGAACUAUUUACCUGUAUAAAAGACACCUGUCCACACACUCAAUCAAACAGACUCUAACCUCUCCACAAUGGCCAAGACCAGAGAGCUGUGUAAGGACAUCAGGGAUAAAAUUGUAGACCUGCACAAGGCUGGGAUGGGCUACAGGACAAUAGGCAAGCAGCUUGGUGAGAAGGCAACAACUGUUGGUGCAAUUAUUCGAAAAUGGAAGAAGUUCAAGAUGACGGUCAAUCACCCUCGGUCUGGGGCUCCAUGCAAGAUCUCACCUCGUGGGGCAUCAAUGAUCAUGAGGAAGGUGAGGGAUCAGCCCAGAACUACACGGCAGGACCUGGUCAAUGACCUGAAGAGAGCUGGGACCACAGUCUCAAAGAAAACCAUUAGUAACACACUACGCCGUCAUGGAUUAAAAUCCUGCAGCGCACGCAAGGUCCCCCUGCUCAAGCCAGCGCAUGUCCAGGCCCGUCUGAAGUUUGCCAAUGACCAUCUGGAUGAUCCAGAGGAGGAAUGGGAGAAGGUCAUGUGGUCUGAUGAGACAAAUAUAGAGCUUUUUGGUCUAAACUUCACUCGCCGUGUUUGGAGGAAGAAGAAGGAUAAGUACAACCCCAAGAACACCAUCCCAACCGUGAAGAAUGGAGAUGGAAACAUCAUUCUUUGGGGAUGCUUUUCUGCAAAGGGGACAGGACGACUGCACCGUAUUGAGGGGAGGAUGGAGGGGGCCAUGUAUCGCGAGAUCUUGGCCAACAACCUCCUUCCCUCAGUAAGAGCAUUGAAGAUGGGUCGUGGCUGAGUCUUCCAGCAUGACAACGACCCGAAACACACAUCUCAAGGUCCUGGAGUGGCCUAGCCAGUCUCCAGACCUGAACCCAAUAGAAAAUCUUUGGAGGGAGCUGAAAGUCCGUAUUGCCCAGCGACAGCCCCGAAACCUGAAGGAUCUGGAGAAGGUCUGUAUGGAGGAGUGGGCCAAAAUCCCUGCUGCAGUGUGUGCAAACCUGGUCAAGACCUACAGGAAACGUAUGAUCUCUGUAAUUGCAAACAAAGGUUUCUGUACCAAAUAUUAAGUUCUGCUUUUCUGAUGUAUCAAAUACUUAUGUCAUGCAAUAAAAUGCAAAUUAAUUACUUAAAAAUCAUACAAUGUGAUUUUCUGGAUUUUUGUUUUAGAUUCCGUCUCUCACAGUUGAAGUGUACCUAUGAUAAAAAUUACAGACCUCUACAUGCUUUGUAAGUAGGAAAACCUGCAAAAUCGGCAGUGUAUCAAAUACUUGUUCUCCCCACUGUGUGUGUGUAUAUAUAUAUAUAUAUAUAUUUUUUUUUUACAACAUUUUACCAAUGAUACUUGUUAGGGGAGCAACAAAUGUGUCCAUCCAUUGGUUUCUGUUUGUUCUGUUAACUUUGAGCAAGUUAUUCUUUGUGUUCCAAGAUGGUUCUCAUCAUCAUCAUCAUCAUCAUCAUCAUCAUCUUCAUCCCAUUGUGUUUCAGCUUCUAUGAAGAGCUGCUGGCCCAUGGUGUUCUGAAGCCCCUGGUUUCCUCUGUGGAAGGGGAGGUGAUGAAGGAGGGAGGCCAAAAAAACUAUGUCAGUCCAACAGGAGUGUCCUCCAUCGUCAAACAUUUCCUCAAGCAGUCAGGUAGCCCUUUCUCCUACCCUUUUAUCUUAUAUUGAAAGAGCACACGUUAUGUCAGUCUCAAAUAUCUUUGACAAGGACCUUGUUGGAUCAUUUAUUUUGUUUGCAUCGUUUUCUGUUGAGUAUUUCAAAUGUUUUCCUUUUGUUCUUAAUUAAACAAAUAUUUUUUUCAUUAAUAAAUAUAAUUAUUUGUAUUAAUAAUAUAAUUUUUAUUUUGUUUUGGCUCAUGUCCUGAGUUUCAUGUCCUUCCGUUCAUCCAGCUUUCAUUUGUUUGUCCAAGUUCCUAGAGAGCGAGGAGAGAAUAAGGCCAGAUUUCAUAGGGUGAUUUUAUAUUUUGUCUAAACCGUACUGAGUCCAGAUAAUGAAGGCCUAGCCCAACUAGACAUCCAGGAGGGACAGUGCAGGAUGUUGCUUUGACUUCAAAACUAAGGCUGUAAAGAUGAAACCAUUAAUCAAACAGAUUGAUCAACUAAUGCUUUAGUUGACAAGUUCUGAAAAAAUAUGAAUCAGUUAAUCCACAUAUAGCCUUUAACUUGGUCAAUAAUGAUUAGGUCAUUAACCCUGUUUCACCCCUACAUAAGUGUCUAUUUCAGUUAAUCAAGAUGAAUGUCAUACAAGAUCAAAAAAGUGAUAAUAAAUAAUGUUAUUGAAAUUCAAAGAUAGCAGAAUGUCAUAUGAGGUCAAAGCCAUGGAAUGUCAUACGAGGUUGAAGGUAGCAAGUCGUUAGCAGGCCAAACAAAGGAGGGCUAUCUACAGUAUUAACCACUCCAGGCCUUUUAGAAUGAGUUAUGAAUGGAGGCCUGAUAUACUACCUCUCCACAUCUGAUUAAUCAGUAGAGUUAUCAACUAAUAGGAAAUAAUCUACAAAACCUAAUGGAACAAUAUUAGCAGAUCAAAUCACAACCCUCAGGCAACAACUGAUAUUUUAUCUCCAGUCUCAACUAAAAGGUUGAGGGUUCUAUUUUCUGGACCUCUAUGAUGCUCCUAACCUUGUUCUUGAUCUUUAAAGAGACAAAUUGUUUCUUUAUACUGUAGUCUAAUUCUGGAAUGUACAACUCGGCGUCCCCAGGGAGAGGAGUUGUGCAUCUUUGCUCUAAUUCACUAUCUCUUCCUGCGUUUUUUUUCUCCUCAUUAUCCGUAAUUUGGGAACGGAAUGAAGUGAGGUAGCAUGCCGUUCUAGAACUCUCUUGGCACCACCAUGUGCGCCAGAGAGUGUAUGUAACCAUAUCCAAGAUGUAUGUAUUAUUAACCACAAAGUUGUAAUCGUUUCCCCAGUGGUGCACAAUCAAACGGCUUCUCUAUAUUUGACAUCCUCUCUGGAUUUCUUCCUUACCGACUCUCUUGCUUUCCUUAUCUUCCUCCAUCUGUCCCUGUCUUUCACUGCAACAUUGCCAACUCUGCGUCUCCGCACCCAAGCAGGGGCAGAGGUGUUCUUUGACCACCACGUCACCCACAUCUACCAGAAGGGCGCCAGCUGGGAGGUGUGUCGGAAGGGCGGGGCCCCGGAGCAGUUUGACGCUGUGGUCCUCACAAUGCCAGUACCGCAGAUCCUACAGCUGCAAGGAGACGUGGGCUCCUGUGAGUACUGA